AUGCAUUCAUACAAUAAUACCAAUCAUACCAAUUCUUCUUCUCCUGCCAAUGCCACCAACAAGAAAUCCAAUUCAGCCAAUGCAAGUGGUGAUACAAAUACAAUGACUCGUAUGCAUCCUUCAAUGAAGAGACCCAGAGCGCCUAUUGCUUGUUAUCGUUGUCAUCAUAAAAAGGUCCGUUGCGACGGGGAGCAUCCCAAUUGUACUCGUUGCCUAACAACCGGUGUUUUAUGUGCCUAUCCAAGCUCUCGUCGAUCUCGCAACACCCAACCCACCAACGUCGACCCAUUCAUUGAUAACCUGUCUCAAUUGGAAGCAAGAAUCAGAAGAAUCGAAGACGACCUUGAAUCACAGCGUGCUCUCGUACGAACUGUUUGUGCGAACGAUCCUCUGAUAGGAGGAGGAGGAGGAGGAGGAGAUCUCACUGCUAAACACAACAAUGCUACACUCACAUCUCGUAUGCUUAAAACGGAAAAAGAUCUCCAAGAAUCUCGCUCCAUCGUUGCUCAACUGAGAUUAAGAGGCGAGCAAAGGGCUGCAAGAGGUAGAAGGGCUGCUGCUGCUGCUGCCGCUGCAUCCGUUGCUUCUUCAACAACACCCGGUCCUGACAAGAAUAAUGGUUCUUCUGAGAAAUUACAAAAGAGUAACAAUGAAGCCGUCAAUGGUACCGGCGGCAAGCAGAGAGCUAAUCAUAGCAGUAAAUUGAAAUCGAAUAGUAUGAAAAAGGAGAAGUCCUAUACACCGACAUCAGCUAUUAAUACGAGCACUGCCAUCAGUACUUCUGCUGCUACUGCUACUGCUUUCAGCAACAUGAACUAUACGACGGCCAUGACAUCUCCUCCAUUCUACUUUACUUCAGCGUCGACUACUUCACCUACUGACUUUAUCAAUCCAUCGCCCACUUACUACUUUCCUUCAUACACGACUGAUUUGACAGGCUCCAUGUGCUCCAAUAACACUACUACCAAUGGAUCUUCGCAUCCUCUUCGACACCAACAACAGCAGCAACAGUUCAACUUUCAAGAUUGGCCUCUUUUGAAUGCUUUGCCGCCUACUUCUGCCGCUCAUACCACCUCCUCAUCUACAACAAUCAAUGAUUUUGUUGAUCCCAUGAUCAUUGCAGCAGCUGAGGCACAUCAAAAUGGUAUAGCUCCACCUCUGUUGAGUGUAUCAAGCUACAUGGUGGAUGAGGGCACCUCGAUCAUGGCAGCGAGAGCACGGUCAUUGUCACACUUACCUACUGCAGCCCCCGCAGCCACAGAUACCAACAUGCUGAUUCCAGGCCUUCAACCUUCGUCCUCCUCCACCUCUACGUCUUCCAAUUCCUCAUUUGGAUUCAAUGCAAAUCAGUCCUUGUACGAGAACUACAGCCAAUUUAUGGAUAGCAACGACAUGAUGUUGAUUGAUGGUGUUGGUGCUGGAUCUGCACAAACUGCUAGCUUAAGAUAA